GGAGAUAGAGGGUGCAAAGAUCUCCCUGUGAGGUUGAAGAGAGUCGUGUCGCUGAGAACCCAAAAGCUGGGUUGUUUUUCUUUCGUCUAGCGGUCGGAGCUUGGCUGUGGAAGUCCAAACGAAGGUAUACCUUGCACUCCCGAUCCAACUUGAAUGGGGUUCGAAUAUAUGGCAGGUACCUCUGGGCUGAAGGGGCUCCAGGUGCCCGAUGGAACUGGCCUGGUCCCGGAGGUUUUAAAAACGCUUUAAGAGGUUUCUUGCGGUGAGUCUCCUGGAUGUGAUCUGGACCGGAUAUUUUUAAAUUGUAGAGAAAGAAUCCUAUGGAGAGUGGAGAUCAGGGUGCAAUCCCAGCGAAAUCGAUAGCGGGUCUCCUACUACUUUCCCCCUAGAGGAAAAGCAAGACCAGAACCUAGACCAAAAAAUCCAAGCUAUUCUCUCCAAACACGGCCACCUUCGGGACAGCUGAUUCUUUGGAAAGAAGAAGAGGAGAAGGAGGGAAACGGAAAGUAAUCGCUGGUUCUUGCAGAGGUGGCCAAAAUACUCAAGAACUAGAUGAGUUCUGGAAAGAAAGCAGAACCCGCUCUCUCAGCCUGCUAGAAAAAUACUUGUCAGAAGCAACAUGUGUUGAUACAAAGAGAGAGAAGCAGACUCCACCGGGCAAAAGCAGGUUAAAUUAAGGUGAAGAGACCAGAACCCUGGCACAAUAGGAAGGAAGAAAAAGAACCAAACAAGCACACACGUUCGUUAGGGACGUAUCCCAGCAUCAGAUCAAGGGAACCAAGAAGAAACCAGAGUGGUGUGGACUGAAGGGGGUCUCUGUUACAGUAGGGGCAAAAGCGGACUGAGCUGGUGGUUGGUGGAAAAAAAUACGAUCUUGACUUCAGCAGGAGAUUUGGUCAGCCUGGCAGGCAAUCUACAUAUAAAGCCACCAAACUGGAGGAGAGCUCAAAGCAGCAGUCUAUACCAGAGAUGGCACAGCCUACUGAGGUGCCCACACAUGCUCCCACUGCCAGUGUUCCCAUGGACAGCAAUAUAGUGGCCAUUAUAAUAGCUACCAAUUGUGUUGCAAGCAGAGAUACCUGGAGUGACCAAGGUGCAUUACACCAGAGGCAUCAUAGGUCAUGGAAAAGCUGCUUAGAAGGCAAAGCAAGUGAGCUGUGGGCCAUAUGCACAAGGGAAGACCACCCACCCACCCCCGCCACUGCAGUUUCUUCCUCCAUGUUCAUCGUGGCCAUUUUGGUGUUGCUGCUGCUCCUGUACCACAGAGACCCUCUGUGCUGCCAGUUUCUGUGCUCCUGCCGUUUCUUCCAGAGUCCCAGCCAAUAUGAUUGUCCUCCUCCUUACUUCAGUAGCAACCAGAGGCUGGUGGGACCACAGUCUGGAACGCCACGCCUGGAGAGUGCUGCUGAAAAUCCUGGCAUACAGGGAGACGAACUAUUCUGUGUUGGACCCCCCACCAGCUAUCAGCUGCCGUCCUGGGAGGAGCCACGCCUGCCAAGUUACGAGAGUGUGCGGAAGAAGGACCGACAGCGGGAGAUUCACCAGAUGAUUGCGGAAAGGUUCGGCUUGUGGGCCGAGGUCUCCCCAGAGUUACCGCCACCCUACGAGCAGGCCCUGAGGUAUCCUGCAGCUUUGUCAGGCAAUGGAGCAGGUUCAGAGUUAUCAGCCAGGCAAAGCUUGCCGGACAUGCUCCAAGCUUCGCCAACGUACCAGCCUCAUAGAAAUACAUCCGUAUAGACUGAAAGCCAGCCCCCCAACCUGUGUCUGUGACAAGGGCAGAAUGUUCAAGAUGGAUUGCUUUCCCAUGGUGCCGCCCGCCAUGCCCUUUUGCUGCUGCUGCUGCUGCAGUAGUAGCUGAACAAAACUCUCCAGGACAUCACAAAGCCAGCUGAGUCCCCUGACUAUUCUUGCAGCAGCCAUAGUGGCACGCUGGAAGGUCUCUGUCCCCAGUGCCCUCUGGAAUUAAGCCUGAGGAUAGCGGGACCAUGGAACAAAUUAACUGGGGAAAUGAUGGCUUCUCACUUUUGAAGUAUCGGAGGCUGGAGAAAUUUCCGCCAGUAAUGGACUAGAUCUCGAGAACCCUGCCAAUCACGGCUGAGGGCUGGACUCAGUGCCCUUAGGAAUACCUUUUUGCCUAGGAAUCUAUAAGCCAAGUAGAAAUACUACAGGAAUUGGUGCCUGCUCCAACGGAACCAAGCCAGUGAGAGGAUUCCCUUGUCAUUUUAAAGACAGCAAGGCUUCCUAGCCAAAGAGUAUCCUUGGAGGAAGCACAGGCACCUGUUCCAUUUAAUUAAAAAAACAAAACCACCUCUGUGAGGCCCCCAAGAGCAGCCAGACCUUCAAAGUAUUAAGUCUCAAAAGCAGAAUUUUUCUGUUGUCCUUUUGGUCAUCUUAGAACUGUCUUCACCGAUCAGGGACUGGGGUUUUGAGUGAGAAUGAAUGUAUUUUGCCCUCCAGCUGAUUCCAUCAACCCACUCCUAUGUGCUCCUUAGAAACAUUCCAAUGGGAUUUAUUUUUCCAAACAAUGUGGGACAGUUUUGAAAGUCCAAACAAGAUAAAGGCUUCAGCAGAGGACAAGAUUGGGAGCCUUUGCAGAGAACUCAAGUCCAGGAGUGCAAACAGAGUUAACAGCCUAAGCCUUAGGGUCAACCCACAUAGCUGAGAAAGGUUUACAGGCAGAGACAAGGAGGUCUCCCCCAGGAGGGGAGGGAGAUAGUGAUCGCCUUCUUUGUUUACUCCCAUUGUUUACACAGCUCGAAUGUUCGUCACUGUUCGUCACUUGAAGCUCAGACAAUCUUAUUAACAAGCUUAACUCUGGUUUUCUUUUUAAUAUAUAUAUUUGACAAACAA